UCUCUGCGCGGGUUGGUAACUUGGGUAAAAGUUAGAGCGCGUACUAGUCUCUCGGUCAUUUUGCCUCGCGUGCUCUGACAGAGUAGUUGCAGUCUUUGUCGACCGCUAAGCCAAGCCACGUGUUGCCGUCGCCGCUCUUGAGAGAUUGCUUCGAUUUGCACGGAAUUUAGGUAGUACUAACAGGUAAUUGAUAGGGUAUCGAUUGGAGUGUGUUAAUGUGUACUUGUGAAUCACGUGUAUUAACAGAGUUACGCACAUAUACACGCACCGUACGCGGGUUCACGUGAACAUAAAAGCAUCACGUCUAUACCCAGAUUGUGCACCCAAAACGUGUAAAUAAAUAAGCAAAUAAAUACAACUGAGAGAUGGCAGCAAGGCAAAAUUCCAUAUCGAGCGACGAACUCGAGCUGGAAGAGGACGGCUUGACUGGUGCUCAACUGUUUGCUCCUGGUGAUGGACUCACCUACAACGACUUCAUCAUCCUACCGGGCUACAUUGAAUUUACCGCCGAGGAGGUUGAUCUCCACUCGCCUCUCACCAAGAAAAUCACCCUCAAAGUGCCCCUUGUUUCCUCGCCCAUGGACACCGUCACCGAGUCCGACAUGGCUACUGCUAUGGCACUCUGCGGUGGGAUUGGCAUCAUCCAUCACAACUGCACGCCCGAGUACCAAGCUGGCGAAGUUUUGAAGGUCAAAAAAUACAAACACGGAUUCAUUCGUGACCCUAUAGUUUUGACUCCCAAUCACACGGUUAAGGAUGUAUUAAAUGUUAAAGCUGAGCACGGAUUUUGUGGUGUUCCCAUCACUCAAAAUGGCAAACUUGGCGGUAAACUACUAGGAAUCGUUACAUCGAGGGACAUAGACUUUCUGGAAGAUACAAAACAACAAGAAGCCAAGCUAGAGUCCAUCAUGACGAAAUUGGAAAAUUUGAUUGUUGCAUCAGCUGGUGUUACUUUGUCAGAGGCCAACACUAUUUUAGAAAAAUCUAAAAGAGGAAAGUUACCCAUUGUCAAUGACAAAGGAGAAUUGGUUGCAUUGAUGGCGAGAACAGAUUUGAAAAAAAAUCGUAGUUAUCCAAAUGCUAGCAAAGAUGAAAAUAAGCAGCUUCUUGUUGGUGCUGCCAUUGGAACUCGUCCAUCCGAUAAGGAACGGUUGCAUCAGCUGGCUCAAGCUGGUGUAGAUGUUGUUGUCCUUGAUUCGUCUCAAGGCAACUCCAAGUAUCAGAUUGAUAUGAUCAAAUACAUCAAAGCAAAUUAUCCAGGGCUUGAAGUAAUAGCUGGCAACGUAGUAACUGUCAAACAAGCUAAAAAUCUCAUUGAUGCUGGAGCUGAUGGUUUGAGAGUAGGAAUGGGUUCAGGAUCUAUUUGUAUUACACAAGAAGUAAUGGCAGUGGGCAGACCACAGGCAACGGCUGUCUACAAAGUUUCGCGGUAUGCUCGAAAGUUUGGAGUUCCAAUAAUUGCCGAUGGAGGUAUUCAGUCAAUCGGUCACAUCACCAAAGCCCUUAGCAUAGGAGCAAGCACCGUUAUGAUGGGUUCCUUAUUGGCAGGAACUUCUGAAGCUCCUGGAGAGUAUUUUUUCAGUGAUGGCGUAAGACUUAAGAAAUAUAGAGGCAUGGGUUCGAUCGAAGCAAUGGAUAAGAAAGAUGCAAAUGGAUCGGCAAUGGAUAGAUAUUUUCACAACGAGCUGGACAAGCUUAAAGUUGCUCAAGGCGUGAGUGGUUCGAUCGUUGACAAAGGAACUGUUUUAAAGUUCAUCCCAUAUUUGCAAUGUGGUAUUAAACAUGGUUGCCAAGACAUUGGAGCAAAAUCAAUUACACUGCUCAAGCAAAUGAUGUAUAAUGGUGAGUUGAAAUUUGAAAAGAGGACUCAUUCUGCUCAACAAGAAGGUAACGUUCAUGGUUUGUUUUCCUAUGAAAAAAGGCUUUUCUAAAUGCUUGCUAUUAUUAUGUGACAAUUAACCAAUUGAUUGAUUCCUGUGACGAAUCGGUACCUGUUUUGUAUAAAAUGCUAGUGGUCUAAACAAACGUUAGAAAUCAGUGAUAUGCAAUGUUACACAUAAUUUAUGGUAAUUAACGUUUCAAAUAUGGUUUAUGGCAUGCAUAAACUGAAAAUGUUUAUUUAAUAUUUAGCAAUACGCGUCGUACCUGGGUACAUACGUUUUUCUUACCUGGAAGAAAUAAACGCGUGUGAAAUAACUAAGUGACUCCUUUUUCUAAAAGGUUUUUAUCAUUGUGUAUCAAUCAGACGAAUUCAAGUUACUUGAGACUUGGAAACUUUAGAUUGUAUGUAAUUUUUGUUCUGUCCUAUGAAAAUGUAUACGUUAAUAAUUGUGAAUUUUAAUGAGAUCUACAAAUUUAUUGAAUGUAUAUACACAAUUUAUUUUUAAAAUCUGUACAAAAUCUUAUUGUACUUACUCUUUUGAGUAAAAUGUUAUGUGCAAACCGUGGGAACAGUAUGAAUUUUCAAAUAUUUUGUACCUCUAGAUUUUUUCAAACAAUGACAAAUUUUUAUUACUAUGCAUUCAUGUUCAUGCAAAGUGUCAUCUCAACAAUGUUUAUAUUCCAAAUUUUUCUGAUAUAUUAAAACGUAUUUGUCGUUUGUGUCAUGUACCACUUAAUUUUAUGUGAUUAUAUAUAAUACUUGGUUUAUAUAGAAAAUUAAAAAUGUUUAAGUGUCAAAUUAUAUCUAUACAUAAAAUAAAGUAAAUAACUUUACUUUGUUCUAAUUUUAUCCAAUGUACAUUUUUUUUUAUAGUAUGUUUACAUUAAAUAAAAAUGGCAUGGUAUUAGAAAA